CAUGUUGGCAGGCUUCUAUAUAACAAGAAGGCUUAAUGAAAUAAGCACUUUAGACUCUGUUAGGAGGACUCAAAAAAGAGAAAUAUGGAUAGUUAUUAUUUUUUUUGAAUUGUCAGCACUGUUUGGUCUUGUUUAUGAUGCCACAUUAAAAAUAGUUGGUGAUGAAGAGAAAGGGUGCAGUGGAAUAUUUUUGUACAUGCAAGAGCUGUAUUCUCCAAUAUUUGGAACAUUUAUGAUAGUGAAAUUUUUGGUCCCAAUCUGGGCCAUGUUGUGUGUAUUUCACCCUGUCCAGGCCACCCCAGUGGACCAGGAGGACCUUCUACCUGGUCUGAAUAGCUCAGAGGAUGGGCCCUAUACUUCAGUGUUUAGUCCUCCAAACGAGAGGCCAAAAUUUCGGCAGAUGUUUUCACCAAGUGGAGACUCUCCUUCACCAAGGUAUGACACGUUUGGGCCACCGCCACCAAUUCAGCCAUCAGUACGGAGCCCUAUUCCUCGUGUAUCUUCUGUUCUGAAUCCCAUUCAGGAGGAAUCAUCAUCAGCAGGUCGUACGCUGUCACAGUCUUCAUAACCCAUGGGUAUAGUAGCCUCUGAGCUAGCUGUUAUAAGGGGUUCACAGAGAGUGACACAGGGGUGCAUACUUGCUGUAAUAUCUUUAAGAGAGACUUCAAAUGAGGCUUUACGUCAAUUACUCAUGUACGUUUGGCAAACUGAAAACAAAUUGAUAUAAAAUUUGUUGAGGAAUGUGCUAGGAGUUUUGGUCCCUCACUGAACAUAUCUGAAGUAAGCUUGUGGUCAUCUUAGACUAGCAGUGACUGUGAUAUAUUGAGGUGUAAUGUUUUCAUUGAGCACCACAUGUAAGAAGAUGCAAGAAUAAGUGAUGCUCACCACAUGUUGGUUUCUGUCACUCACUUGAGCUUUAGAAUUUGACGUUGUAAGGAGGUAAAUACUUCAAGAUGGAUUUGGAUGUUAAGGGCCAUGUAGAAUUAUCAGACAGGGUUCUGGAAAGCAGAAUUGUUUUGCAUACCAAGUGAUUGGUAUAUACAUGUGAUUAGAAUCGUGUGAGGUACAUUAAUUUCUGUCAAUUAAAUGUAUCAUUAUAGGGUGUUUAUCUGCAAUUUAUUUGCGUAUAUAUUCAUUAUAUAUUUACUGGCAUAUAUAAUGAAUGAUAUGGCUGUCAUAAAAUUUGAUUGUGUUGUACUUACAAGUAAUAUUUAUGCCCAUGCAUUAUCCUUGUACAAUGCUUUAAUCUUCAUAAAAAUAUACUGAUACUUUCUAUUUUGUUAACAUCCAUGGUUUACUUGAUUCAUUUUACACUAAUAGAAUCAUUAUGUUGAAAAGAACAAUUCAGUGUGGUAUAAAUAGUUGAUAUCUAGUAUACAAUGGAUAGGCUUCAUCAAAAUAAUUUAGUUUUUAUUCUUUCCUAUGUGUUUUUAAUAUAGGUUCUACAGAGGUUGUCUGAAGAACAUUUAACAUGUAUGUAUUAACCCUCAUCAUUUAAAGAGGCAAUAUGUGGGGUUUUGUUUCUCUUGAAACAUUAGAACCCAUACAGCCCUGUUGUCUUUUAUGCAUGACAUGCUGCUUUGUGGUAAGACGACUCAUUUCCAUUAUUUUGGGAGAUCGCAGUUUCCUGCUUCAAGGAAUUUUCCAUUACUGGAAUCAUUCAGGC